UAAUCGAAAUGUAUCGUCUAACACUCGUACUAGCUGCCGUAUUGGCUGCGGCCUACGCAUAUCCGAAUCAGUCCCGUAUUGUCAACGGUCAAACGGCAGCUGCCGGCCAAUUUCCGUACCAAGCACAGCUGAAGAUUCAGCUUCCACAGGGUCGUGCUCUGUGCGGAGGAAGUCUGAUCAGCAAUCAGUGGGUCCUGACGGCCGGACACUGCGUCGAACAAGCUAGCUCCUUCGAAGUGACCCUUGGUGCCGUGGAUCUGGAUGGAACCGACGAUGGUCGAGUAGUUGUCACCGCAACCGAAUUCAUCCGUCACGAAAAAUACAACCCACUGUUCGCCACCAAUGACGUAGCCGUCAUUAAACUGCCACAACCGGUGGACUUCAGCGAGCAGAUCAAACCGAUUGCACUGCCCUCCGGAAAAGACUCCUACAAUGAAUUCGAAGCCGUAGUCAGCGGAUGGGGAUUGCAAAAGAAUGGUGGAACUGUGGCACCGAAGCUCCAGUACGCCACCUUGAAGGUCAUCAGCAACAGUCAGUGCUCCAAAACUUACAACCCGUUGGUGAUCAAGAAGACAACCAUCUGUGCCCAGGGAGGUAACAAGGAGUCCCCAUGCAACGGAGAUUCCGGUGGUCCUCUGGUCCUGGAGAAGGAUCAGGUUCUGAUCGGUGUUGUCAGCUUCGGACAUAUCAGCGGAUGCGAGCGUGGUUUGCCGGGAGCGUUCGCACGCGUUACCGAAUUUUCCGACUGGAUUCGUAAGAAGACUGGACUGUGAAACGUGUCGUGGAUUAGAUGAUCGUGAUCUGUGUAGAUGAUUUUUGAAAUACAAAGUUUGUUUUGCAUAUAAAAAUUA